GUCCCGAUGCCGCCUUGCUCCGAACAGCUUUUCCGAAGCUCGGCAUCGACCUGCAUGGCUUUCCGGGAAGCCACUGUGAAUGGGACGGCGUGGGGUGCCACUCUGACUGGUGCAGGGUGGAGAGUCUCUAUCUUCGCGAUCGGCAGUUGACAGGAGAGCUGCCGGCCGAACUCGGGGACUUGGCAGAACUGCAAGAAUUGCAGUUGUACAACAACCGGAACCUGAGAGGCGAAGUGUCCACCCUUGCCAAGCUGGUGCACCUCGAGGUCCUCGUGUUGCGCUAUACCCAGAUCCGAGGGGAUCUAAGCUUCGUGAGCCGCAUGGAGAAGAUGCGGAUGCUCGGUCUCGGAGAGACGCAGGUGGUCGGCAAGCUGCAGUCGCUGGCAAACCUGACCGAGAUGACCGGGCUGGGGCUCGGAAACACUCGGGUGGGUGGGGAUCUGAUGCCCCUGGCUGAGAUGCACAAGAUGCGAUAUCUCGAUCUCGGAGGCACCCAGAUCCAAGGCCAGCUGCAGCUGCUGGCGAACAUGACCGAGAUGACCACACUGCAGCUCGAAAACACCCGGGUCGGCGGGGAGCUUCGGUCGCUGCAGGCGAUGCGGAAUCUAGAAGAGCUGCGGCUCCAGGGCACGGGGGUCUCCGGAAGCCUGGAGUUCCUGACGGAGUUCGAAUGGCUGGAAGAGGCUAAUUUGGCCUCGACUGCUGUAACAGGAGGCGGGGAAUGCAGACUCACGGCCUAG